AUGGCCCUCAAAGCUUCAAAGAAAGAGAAGAAAGAGAAGAAAGAGAACAAAGAGAAGAAAGUGAAGAAGGAAGACAAAACAAAGCCGAAAGUCCCCAAAGCCACGGAAGCCCUGCCUCGCAGGCUCUCCCUGAAGACUUCCCCACGCAGUGCAAAACGCAAGUCGGCCCUGAAAGACAACGCUGGCGAGCCCUGCCCCACGGAGCCCAAGGAGACAAAGGAGCCCCAGCAGCCAAAGGAGCCCCAGCAGCCAAAGGAGCCCAAGCAGCCGAAGGAGCCCAAGCAGCCGAAGGAGCCCCAGCAGCCGAAGCAGGCCAAACCCCCCAAGAGUUCGAAGCCAGGCCCCGCGCAGACCCAGGAGCCCAAGGAGCCAAAGCCGGCCCAGAGCGACCGCAAAGAAAAGAGUGAAACCCCCACCGUUUCUCCAAAGGACUCGAAAGCACAGAAGAAGCAAGAGAAGAAAGAGAAAGCCAAGCAGGAGAAGCAAGACAAGAAAAGAGCAAAAAAAGAGAAGCGAGAGAAGAAGAGCAAGGAAGCAGCGGCCGAAGUGGAGCAGCACGAAGGGAGCGAAGAGGAGACAGAGGUUGCUGCGAGCGAAGCGACCGCCGGCCCACGGAAGAACCUGCUGGAUCAGUUUGACACCCAGGACACGGAAGUCAACCAAGAGUAUCUAGAGAUGCUCCUGGGUGAGAUGGACGAGAGCCCUGCUCACGAUGGGAGCGAGAGCAGCGAGAGCGACGAGUCCUCGGAUGUCUCCGAGCCAGAAGAGAAACAAGUCGACUCCAGCGAGGAGUCCGACGACGAAGGUGUUUCGAGCAAGGCGCCGGAGUCGAGCCAAGCGGAGAGCGAUGACGAAGGGGCCGCGGGCAGCCCCGCUGGCUCCUCCUCUUCCGAGGAGGACGAGGACGAGGACGAGGCAAGCGAGGCCGAGCCUGCAAAGCCUGCAGAGGCCUCCGUUGCGGUUGUGCCAGCGCCGAAAGCAGCGGCUGGCAGUGAAAGCCUGGCUUUGGUGGCGGUGGCGGCCCAGGACGUGACCAUCGGCAAGGCCAACAGUGCCGUGGCCGCAUCAGGUACAACCCACAAACGUGAGUGGGACACGUUUACGAGGAGCUGCCAAAACCGGAAAACUUUCCCCGUCGAGCUAUCUGAUUACUAUGAGAAGAACAAGAAUGACAUGUUCAAUUUGGUCAAAGUGACUGUGGAGCGCAUUCGAGAAAAGAAGACCACGGCAAGAGCGGGAGCUCUUGCCAUGAAGAAGAGGGACAUCGUGAAGACCUACCCCGAGAGAGGAGACGAGCUUUGCAAGAAGCUCAAGACGCAAGGGCGGUACUACUACGACGAGGAGUUCCCGAGCGACAGCGAAGAAAUCUUCUACUACGUGCGGCAACCGAGGAAGGUCAACGUGGACACGGUUGUUGGCGAGAAAGCGUCGAUGAGUGCCGGCAUGAAGGUGGAUGACAGCGCUGCCAUGGAGACGCUGACCGGAGCGGAUGGUGUGUUCGCUGCUGGUGCGUUGCCAGCUAUGAAGACUGCAGGCCAAUCCGGCGGCAAGGCGCUCGCCGAAGUGUUUGUCGAAGAAGCAGCAAAAGAGAACAAGAAGCCCAGCAAAAAGAAAAAAGGCGAGCAGACAGAGGUGGUCGAACCGGCCACCGUCAAGGACAAAGCCGAGGAGAUCGCCAAAGAGAUGUUGAAGAUGUCAGCGGAAGCCCGCAAGCUUUCUUUGAAGCUGGAUGGGAUUGAUUACAGCGGCAAUCUCUCCACAGAUUUGGCAGCAUUCUCGAAGGAGUGCGAGGGGCUUUUCACAGAUGUGCAAAAAAGGCUGCGCAAAAAGAAGCACAAGAAGCGUGAUAAGCGAGCAUUCGCUGAGUUUGUUGCUGAGUCUGAAAGAAAGAUCGAAUGGUGGAAGAAAGCCGAGGCCGCGGGCAAAUCUUUUGCCUCAGCAGCCAACAGAAAGGAGAAGAAAGCCAAAGCCAAAGCAUCGCCCAAAGAGGGCAAGGACACAUCCGAAACGAAAGCGUGA